UCCUCCCUCAAAAAAAAAGAGAGAGAAAGUUUCCCCAAAUCGAAAAUCCGAAGCCCCAGGAGAGCGCCGCCAUGCCGCGGUCCUGCUCCGCCGCCGCCCUCCUCCUCCUCGUCGUCCUCCUCGCCGCCCCCCUCCAGCCCACCUCCGCCGCCAACCCCGACGCGACGGCCUUUGGCCGCGCGGCGUUCCUGAAGAAGCUCACGCUCCUGGGCUCCGCCUCGAUCCUCCAGGGCCGCCAGCUCGCUGUUGCGCUUACCACCAACUCCAGCGACGGCAUCGGCGCCGGCCGCGCCCUCUUCUCCGACCCCGUGCGCCUCCUCCUCCCGCGAGCCGACCCGCGCGCCGCCCCGGCGCAGGCCUCCUUCGCUACCCGCUUCACCUUCCGCAUCACGCCCUCCCCAAGCUACGGAGACGGGCUGGCCUUCAUCCUCACCUCCUCGCCCACCUUCCUCGGAGCCUCCAACGGUUACAUGGGGCUCUACGCCGCCGCCCCCGCCCCCGCUUCCGCCCCCGGCGUGUCCACCGUCGCCCUCGAGCUCGACACGCACCACGACGUCGCGCUCCACGACCCCGAUGGCAACCACGUCGCGGUCGACGCCGGCUCCAUCUUCUCCGUCGCGUCCGCGAGCCCGGGCGUCAACCUCAAGGCCGGCGUUCCCAUCACGGCCUGGGUGCAGUACCACGCGCGGCGCCGCCGGCUCCAAGCGUGGAUCUCCUACUCUUCCUCGCGACGCCACCUCGACCCCGCUUUGUCACUGGCCAUCGACCUCUCGGGACUGGUCGAGGAGCUCAUGUACGUCGGCUUCUCAGCCUCCAACGGCGAGGGCGGCAGGGCGAUACAUCUCAUCGAGAACUGGUCCUUCCGGACAUUCUGGGAUCUAAACACGGCGCAGGGCCCCCCUCCCCUGCCUUCCUCAACACAGCAUAAGGACGAGACAUCUGUCAGCAGCACACCGCCCACGUCUGCUACCGCAAAACAUCGCCACGUCGUCCCUGCAGUUUUGGGUGCCUUGAUCUUCGUACUGGUCCUCGGGGGCAUCAUCUGUGUACUGUUCCAUCGCCGCCGUCGGAAGGCAGGGAGACGUGUUCAGCUCGCAGUCCAAUCCGAGAUGGCUCGGAGUGUCUGAGUCGGUGUGUGGGAUGAGUGAUCUCUGGUUGCUUGAUCGUGUAGGUUGAACAAGAUGUGAGUUCCUUCUGCUACUAAAAUGAUUAUCUUAAUUUCAAAAAAAGAGAGAGAUUAUCUUAGGCAUGAAAGCUACUAAAAGGCUAUUUCUGGCCUCCUUGCUGAUUCAAGAUGUAAGUUUGUUCUGCUAGUGUGUGUAAUGUUGUAGAUUGUGAGUUUGUGAUCUCCUCAGACUUUCGGCAGCUCAUUAUCCUUGUGUUUGCCUUCGCAAUUGGUAAUUGAAUGUGCGAUAAAAACUA